UGAUAAGUGGUCUCCGCCAUUCUCGGAUCGCCUUUUCCAUCUUUCUUAUCCCGUGAGUUUAUUUCAUUGUAAUUUCUCUACAAUUUAAGUUCGCUUGAGUAAUUAUUUGUUUCUGUAUGUGGUAUUAGUGGUGCAUUGUUGUAUUUAAUAUCGGUCUUAGAAGAACAAAACAUUCAAAAUGGCGGCAAAGGGCGGUUUGAUGUCAAUCGCCAAUGAGGAGAAUGAAGAGAGGUUCGGAUAUGUGUUUGCUGUGUCUGGUCCCGUGGUGACAGCGGAGAAGAUGUCCGGCUCUGCCAUGUACGAGCUGGUGCGUGUCGGCUACCAUGAGCUGGUGGGGGAGAUCAUCCGACUUGAGGGAGACAUGGCCACCAUUCAGGUGUACGAGGAGACCUCAGGAGUCACAGUGGGCGACCCAGUACUCCGCACGGGCAAGCCGCUGUCGGUGGAACUGGGGCCCGGCAUCCUGGGCAGCAUCUUCGACGGCAUCCAGCGGCCGCUGAAGGACAUCAAUGAGCUGACACAGUCCAUCUACAUCCCCAAGGGUGUCAACGUGCCGUGUCUGGCGCGGGAGAUCGACUGGGAGUUCAACCCUCUCAAUGUGAAGGUGGGAUCCCACAUCACCGGCGGAGACCUGUACGGCAUCGUGCACGAGAACACACUGGUGAAGCACAAGAUGUUGAUGCCUCCCCGCGCCAAGGGAACCGUCACCUACAUCGCGCCAAGUGGCAACUACAAAGUUACUGAUAUAGUGCUUGAGACGGAAUUCGACGGCGAGAAGAACUCAUACAGUAUGUUGCAAGUGUGGCCGGUGCGGCAACCCCGGCCCUGCACGGAGAAGCUGCCCGCCAACCAUCCCCUGCUCACCGGCCAGAGGGUGUUGGACUCACUCUUCCCUUGCGUCCAGGGUGGCACCACGGCCAUCCCCGGGGCCUUCGGUUGCGGCAAGACUGUCAUCUCACAGGCGCUGUCCAAGUACUCCAACUCUGACGUCAUCGUCUACGUCGGCUGCGGGGAGCGUGGUAACGAGAUGUCUGAGGUACUGCGGGACUUCCCCGAGCUGACGGUGGAGAUCGAGGGAGUGACGGAAUCCAUCAUGAAGCGUACCGCGCUCGUCGCCAACACCUCCAACAUGCCCGUGGCCGCCCGAGAGGCUUCCAUUUACACUGGAAUCACCCUGUCGGAAUACUUCCGUGACAUGGGCUACAACGUGUCCAUGAUGGCCGAUUCGACCUCGCGUUGGGCCGAGGCGUUGCGUGAGAUCUCGGGUCGCCUGGCGGAGAUGCCGGCCGACUCGGGCUACCCCGCCUACCUGGGCGCUAGACUCGCCUCCUUCUACGAGCGGGCUGGUCGUGUCAAGUGCCUUGGCAACCCCGACAGAGAAGGUUCCGUAUCCAUCGUGGGUGCCGUGUCGCCCCCCGGUGGUGACUUCUCGGACCCCGUGACCGCGGCCACGCUGGGUAUCGUGCAAGUGUUCUGGGGUCUCGACAAGAAGCUGGCCCAGAGAAAACAUUUCCCCUCCAUCAACUGGCUCAUCUCCUACAGUAAAUACAUGCGUGCUCUGGAUGACUUCUAUGAGAAGAACUAUGCUGAAUUCGUACCUCUUAGAACUAAGGUUAAGGAGAUCCUUCAAGAAGAAGAAGAUUUGUCAGAAAUCGUGCAGCUGGUCGGCAAAGCGUCGCUGGCCGAGACUGACAAGAUCACACUCGAGGUCGCCAAACUUCUGAAAGACGACUUCUUACAGCAGAACAGCUACUCAGCGUACGAUCGCUUCUGUCCGUUCUACAAGACAGUGGGCAUGCUUAAGAACAUCAUCUCAUUCUACGACAUGUCGCGUCACGCCGUCGAGUCCACCGCGCAGUCCGACAACAAGGUCACGUGGAACGUGAUCCGCGACGCCAUGAACAACGUGCUCUACCAACUCUCCUCCAUGAAGUUCAAGGACCCAGUGAAAGAUGGAGAGGCCAAGAUCAAAGCGGACUUCGACCAGCUCCUUGAGGACAUGUCCGCAGCCUUCCGCAACCUAGAGGAUUAGAUCCCCCUCCUUACGUAGCAGCCAUGUCUAUAUUAAAUAGGAUUACGUCGCGCAAACUAUCGAUAUGUCGAGAAUCGAUAUUUUGUACAUUUAUUAUUCUAGAAAACACUGUUUGCGACUUUUACUGUUUUCAGUAGUGUCUGUUUGAUGGUGUUUUGUUUUGUUUUUAUCGUUUUAAGCCUCUGCUGAUAGGUGCGGAAUUUCGUUCGGAAUUGCCGGUAGUUAAUAGUAUUACUGCGCGGAAUUUUCCUAUGGAUUUUCGCGCGAUAAUUUCGAUGAAUACCGAAUGCCUUAUAUCUACACAACUAACGGUCAUUAUAAGCAACUUCGGUCGGAAAUUUCCUUAAAAAUAAGGCCAUUUAUUUAAAUAAAAAACGAUUGUAAUUUCGCACUUUCGCACAGGAGGAUCCAAAAUAAAUUAUGAAAUUUAAAAAAAUGACAUAACGAAUGUCAAAGUUUAUUCGGACGCCUGUAUUUUACAAUAAUCUUAAGAGUUUUAGUGUAGUGACGAUAUUAAAAUGUAAUUCCAUACUGUUGAAAGUUUUCCGGGACUUUGUACAAGUCCCGAUUUUUGUCCCGCUUUAUGUAAAUAGAAAUGUCGCGGAGGCUCGACGUCCCGCGCACUGCUCGUUAGUUGUUAUUUAUAUUGAAUUAUUAAUUAUUAUUAUUCCUAUAUUGAAAGUAUAUUAUAAUAAUUAUUAUUUAUAUAUUUACUAACAAAUCUAUUCUGUUGCCCAUAAUAAUUGUGUGCGUGAUUUUCAAAUAAUCCUGGUGCAUUCCAAGUUAUUUUUAGAUGUUACAAAAAUAUUUUUUUUUUAAAUCUUGGCAAUGGCAUUUCCGGUAAACUAUGUAUGAGAUCAAAAUAAGAAUAGGAAUGAAUUUCCGACAUAAUAUUGUGGUGUGAAAAAAGCCGGCCAAGUGCGAGUUGGGCUCGCAAACGAAGAGUUCCGUACCAUCGUACAAGACAACACUAUUUAAAAAAAAAAUUUGUAUGGUGGCAAAUUUUUAUUAUUUGUUGUUAUAGCGGCAAUGCAAAACAAUUUUCCUUGUCAAACAGUAAUUUUCGAGUGAAAGUUGACAGAUCCUAUUCUUAUUUAGAUGACAUUGUAAUUACAUUGUUUUCGUGUUUUCAAUGUGCAGUAUUAUUUUGUUUGAACUACGCUGAUGGCUUGGCAACUAGCAAAUAGUUGUCGACUGUACAAAAUAUAUUAUUCUAAAUACAAUAGAGUUAUAUUCUUGCUGUUUGAACUUGAACUUGAUUGAUAGGACGAAGUUAUAAAUAAAAUAUUAAUUUUAAA